AUGGCACCUUACAUCAACGCCCACGAGUCUGUCUCAGAGACCAACAUCGAUGUCUCCAACCUCAAGGAGAAGGUUGGCAUCGACAAGGUCAAGCUUGAGGCUACCGCUAAGCCUCCGGUCGCUGAUGACUACAUGUACGACUUCAAGUACAACCAUGCGCUCCCAACUACCGACGUCCUCGGAAUUGAGAUUCCUGCCGACACAGAUGCGCAAAAGGAAGCUCAAGGCAUUGUUGACAACCUGUCUGACGCACUAGCUAAGGGUGAUGCUCAGGCCUUUACUGACCUCUUCCUCGACUAUGGUGUCUGGCGAGAUAAGCUGUCCUUCACUUGGGACUACCGAACCUUCAACUUCAGGCCUGCCAUUCUAAAGGCCGCCACCGACCUCUUCCCCACAACCAGAGCCACCAACUUCAAGUUCCUCACACCCGCCCCCAAGAUCGACCGUCCAUACCCUGACUAUACCCAGCUUCAGUUCAUCGUGUCUUUCGAGACCGAGAUCGUGAACGCUUCGGCCGUUACCAACGCCGUUCUCACCAAGGGUGGCUGGAAGAUCUACACUUUCCACACAGUUGCUGAGAAGCUCAAGCAAUUCCCUGAGGUCCAACCUGCUGAUGGCCACAUGACUGGUGAUAUCAGCUGGGAGAAGCAGAGGGCUCGGGAUGUUGACUCUAUCGAGCCUGAGGUCCUGAUCGUCGGUGGUGGUCAGAACGGUUUGGCCCUUGCUGCCCGGCUCAACGCCCUCGGAAUGAAGAACCUCAUCAUUGACCACAGCGAAGAGAUUGGCGAUGUCUGGAAGAAGCGAUACGAGUACCUUUCUCUUCACUUCCCUCACUGGGCCGAUGACCUGCCCUACUUCCCCUACCCCAAGCACUGGCCUACCUACACUCCCUCUCAGAAGCAGGGCAUCUACAUGCAAUGGUACGCCUCUGCGCUUGAGCUGAAUGUCUGGACCAAGUCUUCAGUCGCCAAGGCUGAGCAAGAUGACCAGGGCAGCUGGACAGUUGUGAUUGACAAGGAGGGCAAGGAAGCUCGUACAAUCCACCCCAAGCAGGUUGUUAUGGCUACUUCUCUGUGCGGAACUCCCAUGCUUCCUGCUGUUCCUGGCAUGUCCGACUUUAAGGGCACUAUUCGUCACUCGACUGCUCACGACAGCUCUCGUGACUUUGUCGGCAAGAAGGUUUGCGUCGUCGGCACCUCAUCGUCUGGCUUCGACACUGCCUACGACUGUGCUCGUCGCGGUAUCGAUGUCACUCUUCUUCAGCGAUCUCCCACCUACGUCAUGUCUUUGACUCACUCCGUUCCUCGUGUCAUUGGCAAUUACGGUCCUGACUCCGAGCAAAACCGACCCAGUUUGGAGGAGCAGGAUCGUCUGUUCUUCGCUACUCCUACCGGUCCUGGUGAGGAACUCUCUAGACGUAACGCCAAGGUUCUUGAGGACCUCGACCGUCCUUUGCUAGAGGCUCUUAACGCCAAAGGCCUGCGAACAUGGCGUGGCCAGCGCGGUACCGGUGGUGCUACUCUGGGUCAAACCCGUAAUGGUGGCUUCUACUUUGAUGCUGGUGCUUGCGAGCACAUCAUCAAUGGUAACAUUAAGGUUGAGGCCGGAUUCGUUGAGAAGUUCACCGAGGACAAGACCAUCCUCAGCGGUGGUCGUGAGCGCGAGUUCGACCUGAUUGUGUUCGCCACUGGCUUCACAAAUACAAUUGACUCCAUUCGCUCCACCCUAGGUGAGAAUAUCGCCGAUAACGUCACCCCCAUCUGGGGUAUUGAUGAUGAGGGCGAGUUCAAGACUGCUUACAGAGAGACUGGCGUUCCUAACCUCUGGCUCAUGGUUGGAUACCUUCCUUACACUCGAUUCCAUUCCAAGUUACUUGCGAUGAGGCUGAAGGCUAUCAAGGAGGGCAUUUCUCCAGCUCCUUACAAAGCAUAG